AUGUCAAUGAAAGGUCUGAUGGCUCUGAAGAAGAAUACGCAGGCUAUUUUGCUUUCCCCUGUCCGAGAUAAGUACUCUAUUCUGAUGGAAGAUGACAAGAUUCGCGCCGGCGCGAGCAGCAUGCAGGGUUGGCGUAGUACCAUGGAGGAUGCACACGCCGUUUAUCUUUCCAUACCUAAUAUGCCCGGAGUCAUUCGAGACGAAGACGCAGCCAUCGCCGCCGUUUUUGAUGGCCACUGCGGUAGCAAAUUUGCACAGUCGUGUGCAGCGAGAAUUCGAGACUGGGUCACGGGAACUGACGCGUUCAAAAAAGGAAACUUUGAGAAAGCAAUCAAAGACGCGUUUUGCUCCGGCGAUGUGGCGCUGCACAAGGCAAUGCCAAGCGAGCUUAGCGGGUGCACGGGAAACUGCGUCUUUAUUGUUCAGAACCACCUCUAUUGCGCCAACACCGGCGACUCCCGGGCAGUAUUGUGUCGCAAUGGAGAGGCAAUAGCGCUGAGUGAGGAUCACAAACCAACCGACCCUGCAGAGCGGGAACGGAUCAUGAAAGCUGGCGGGUUUGUGCAAGCAGGCCGCGUAAACGGCGUUCUCUCCCUCAGCCGCGCAUUCGGCGACUACGCAUUCAAGGACAUGAACUUGAAACCAGAGGACAUGGCGAUAACGGUGAUGCCAGAUGUAUUUCAUACAGAGUUGACUCCUCAUGAUGAGUUCGUUAUUAUUGCGUGCGACGGAGUUUGGGACAUGAUGACAAACGAGAAGGCAGUAGAAUUCGUGCGCAACGAAGUAGCAGACCACGGUGAUAUAUCCCUUGCUUGCGAGCGUUUAAUGAAUGCUUGUCUCGCGUCAACCCCGACUGCCUACGGAACAGAUAACAUGACGGUUAUAAUACUUCAGUUUAAGAGCUCAUUUUUAAAGAAGGUGGAAAGUAAGUUCAUUACCGAAUAG